AUGACCCACUGCGAUCGACCCCAGCCAAAUAACAAGCAGCAACACUCACCAAAAAUCCGUAUCCGCGCCACCGCCUCCCCUGCCGCCGCGCCAGCCAUUGUCACGCUUGGAAAACAGGUCACCACCGCCACAUUGGGUCACGCCAUCCCAGCUGCGGACCUGCAAGCUAAUCUCGCCGAAGUCUACACGGUCCGGGCCGUCGCCGCCGAGAUCAUCGCUCCGAACAAGACAAUGCUCGUCGCCACGGCUCCCAUGUCUUCUUUGCCAGCUUUGGCCUCUUCUUCUUCUUCUAAGGUCUCGGUCGUAAACUACGCCAUCGCCCAUAGUGCUUUGUCGUCGUCGUCAUCAUCGGAGAGAGAAGAGGAGGAAGAUUACGGUGGUGACGACGACAGCAGCGAUGGCAGCGCCAAGGGCUCAAAAGCCGAAAACGAUCUACAAAUCCUCCUCGGCUUUGCGCUGCUGAUCCGGCACCACGACUCAACGACAACGCAGCAGCAGCAGCUGGAGCCCGAGCCCGAACCCUGCCUCCUCCUUGCCCAGCACCUACCCUCUGCUGAGUCGUCGUCGUCGUCGUCGUCGUCGAUUCAGUUACAGCGGCUGUACAUCGGCGCGUUCGGGCGGGGAAUGGGUGUGGGGGCGCGGCUAAUGCGGGCGGUAGAGACCGUGGCCCGCGAGGAAAGGCGCACGAACGUGUGGCUACAAGUGUCGCAGGGAAAUUUGGCAGCGCAGAAGGCGUACGAGCGGUGGGGGUUUGAGAAGGUGGGGGAGUGUGUGAUUGAUGAUGAUGUUGGGGGGUUUGGGCAGAAGAGGGGGUGGGUUAUGGGGAAGAAGGGGGUGGUGGUGUAG